AAGAAAACGAAUAAGAAAAAUAAAAAUAAAAAUUAGCCAUCUGUCUCUUAUAGCCUUAAACUCCGUUGGGUCGUUUUUGGAAUUAGUCACAAAGUCACCAUUUCCUCCUCCAUUCUCUCCCUCUUCUGAGCUCGAUUAAUUUCCAUUUUUUUUUCUUUUUUCGUCGAAAAAUCUAAGGAAAGAAACGGUGAGACGAUUUUGGGAGGAGAGAGGAAGAGAGUAAGCCGAUGGAUGAGAUGACGGGAAGGUCGGCUAUGGCGGCGACCGGAGGCGGCUCGUUGGCGUCUUCUUCAAUCUUCUCGAAUUAUCCCCUCCUCUGCGCUUUCACCGCUUUCGCAAUUGCUCAAUUCAUCAAGUUCCUCACUGCCUGGUAUAAAGAAAGAAGAUGGGAUCUCAAGCAACUUGUUGGGUCCGGCGGAAUGCCGUCGUCUCAUUCUGCGACUGUUACUGCUCUUGCUGCAGCCAUUGGAUUCCAAGAAGGCUUUGGAGGAUCGCUGUUUGCCACUUCAUUGAUCCUAGCGUGUAUUGUUAUGUAUGAUGCCACUGGUGUAAGAUUACAUGCCGGACGCCAAGCAGAGGUUCUGAAUCAAAUUGUUUAUGAACUUCCUGCUGAGCAUCCUCUAGCUGAGAGCAGACCCCUGCGUGAACUUCUUGGCCACACCCCUUCUCAGGUUGUUGCUGGCGGAUUGCUUGGAAUUACUACUGCAGCUAUUGGUCAUUUGAUUGUCUUGGUUAGGAGUCGAACUUGAUGACCGGAAAAGGCACCAUUUGGUAGCAUCAUCGGUGGUUAGAUCUUCAACGGGGGUCUUUGGACAGUAUUAUAACCCAAAGAACCAACAACAUACAUGGUUUGCUCCGAUUUACAUAGGAGCACAUUUCUCGUCCAUGUUAGCAUAUUCUUCCAUCAGACUGCUCACUACUUUUGUUGGAAGACUAGAAUUGUGAAGUGUAAUUUGAUUCAUUGGAGGGUUCACUUUGACGAAUGUAAAUGUUCAAGCAAUUUAGUAUACAGACCCGAUGCCUGUUUGCACCGUGCUCAACUUGUGCUAAAAGUACAAUUUUUCGCCAAGCAAAGUAUUUAGGGACAUUUAGUAGUUUUACAACA